AUGGAACAAGGAGUUCCCCAUUUGAGGACACAUCCCACGAUUAUUCGACGGCGACGUGAACCAUCUUCGAAAAACACGCCUCCAUCUCUGGCACAGUAUUUGGGACAGACUCCAGGUUCUCCCGGCUUUCCAUCGGUUCCGGGUUGUCCAGGAAGUCCGGGCAUUCCAUCCAAUCCAGCUUUGCCAGGAGGUCCUGGAGGUCCCUUUUCGCCUGGUCCUGGAGGACCAGGUGGGCCUGGUGGGCAUGGUUUACAUGGAGGUGGUGUGAUGGGUUCGCAUGGUUGUUGUGGUGGACGGCCAGGGUUUCCAGGCAAUCCAGGAAGACCUGCUUUCCCAGGCUUUCCUGGGGCUCCCGGUGGACCAGGUGGUCCUGGGGGACCGGGUAAGCAGCAGCUAUGGCAGCCGCCACCGCCACUACCGCUGGAUACACCAGAAACACCAGCAUAUUCGUCAGCAUCGGCAGAUCUGGUGGAACGAUUCGCCGUCGGCAGUUUGAAGACAUCUGAGCGAAGAUCUUCGGCUGAUGAUUUACACUCCAUCAAUUCCAGACUAGCACUGCGUCGGACAUGUCGAACAUAG